UCAAGUCGCAUCGAAUCGUACCGUUUCGCCCCGCUCCGCUCCACUUCGGGUCUCGACUGGACCAGACUCGUACGCAGGAUCGGACUCUGCUUUGGGUUCGGGCUCGGUCGCUUUGGCGAGGCAAAGGGGUUCGGGCUCGGUCGCUUCGUCGAGGAAAAGGAUAAGCAGGCACGGACGCGCACCGCACCGCACCCUGCACCUCCCGUCCUCCCGUCUCGCCCGACGCCACGGCCGGACCCCGGAGAAUCCACGCCGCGGCCGCUCGCGCUCCCGCUCCCAGGAGGCUCCCGCGGCCCGCCCGCCCGGCUCCCCGGCGGCCGUCCUGCCCACAGUAGGCGGAGGGCGGAGGCGCUCGCCGGCUCACCGUCGAGCCACAACCGCGGAUCUGUCCUCAAGCCGCAGACGCCGAGGUAUUCGACGCCGCGCAGGGGAUCACGGGGCGCGUCUCGGGCUCGUUCCAGAUGCCAACGACCUCAAUCUCCAAGCCUAAGCAGGUCUGCGCCUCGCUGGCGCCUGGUAACAUGACACCAACGGUCCGCAUGGAGUGCGGGCCGCAGAUGCAGACUAAACGGAGCUACGAUGAAAUAGCUUACCGGGGCGCGGGGUAUGCAGAGACUGUGGGCGAGUCAGGCAGCCCUGUUUGUGCUGGCUUGGAAGGUUUCUCGGCGCCAAAACGCAAGUGCAUCAGCCUUAAUACUGAUGGCUUUGAUGUGAAGCGAGAGAUCUUUGUCCCGUCUAAGAUGUCGUCGUCUGAGCGGCGCUACCUUCGGAAGAGAUUCCGGGCAGAGCUUGAUUCGGUUCGAGAACUCCUCAAGAAGCCAGAGUUUUUGUCCGUCAUGCCUGUCAGCAAAGCACCCGCGUUCUCAUCGUCAGCUGCCCCUCGAGCUAAAAAAGUGCAACGGGGGAGCCAUGUUGUCCGUGGUGCCAAGGGACGCUUCUUGCCGACAAAACCCCGGCCUGAAACGUCUACAGUGUUGCCUGAAGCUACAAUUCUCAAGCAGUGCGAAGCUAUUCUGAAGAAGCUGAUGACUCAGAAAUGUAGUCAUAUUUUUAAUGAUCCAGUAGACGUGGAAAAGCUGAACCUUCCAGAUUAUAAUGACAUUAUCAAGCACCCGAUGGACCUUGGGACCAUCAAGAAGAAGCUAGAUUCUGGUUCCUACGCAAGUCCAUCUGAUUUUGCAGCUGAUGUCAGGCUGACUUUUAACAAUGCGAUAACUUAUAAUCCUCGAGGGCAUGUAGUGCAUGAUCUGGCCAUUCAACUGAAUAAAAUGUUUGAGUCCAGAUGGAGAACAGUUGAGAAGAAGUUAGCUACUGCCGCCACUAAGCCACAUGUUGAGGUUGAUAAGGCCGACUCAAAGAGGAGAAAGACCCCUCCCGUGGAACGCAGUAACUUGUCAAUAGACCGUGUCAGGCCAACUGAGAUUGUGAAGCCAAAGAUGACAAAAGAGGAGAGAGAAACCUUGGGAGACUGCUUAACUUCUUUGGCCGAGGGUCCAGAAGAAUUACCUGGUCACAUCAUUGAUUUGUUACAGCAGUGUAUGGAGAACAAUACAGAGCAGCAUGGGGAUGGAGAGAUAGAGAUUGAUAUCCAUGCACUCAGUGAUGACGUACUAUUUGAACUGAAGAAGCAUGUGGACACGUAUUUGCAAGAAAAAGAUCAUCAGCAGACAAAAUCUCAGCCCUCUGAGAAUGAGGCUGUGAAUGUUUCUUGCCUCAGUCACUCGUCCACAAAUCCCUGCAAAGGUGCUGAGCCUGUUGAGGAGGAUGUCGACAUUUGCGGCAAUGCAUCCCCUAUAUUGAUAGAGAAGGAUCCACAGAUCAGAACUGACAAAUGUGGCAGCCCAAGUAGUUCCAGCAGUGACUCAGGAUCUUCAUCCAGCGAUUCUGACUCAGGCAGUGACAUUGAAAGCGAACCAGAAAAAGUUGUUAGCCCAGCAAAGCUUGCGAAGGGACCAGAACAACCUGCAGAGCAAGUCAAGAGUGAUGAUGUUAUAAGCCCUGUUGAUGCUAACCAGACUGCUGCUGAUGUGGAACUCCGUGAGCAGGACAAUGAAUCCAAGGCUGCACCUGAAGUGAAAAAUAUAGGGGAGAAUGCAAAACCCGACAGGCAACUCUCCCCGGACAAGCUCUUACGAGCAGCUGUUUUGAGGGGCCGUUAUGCUGAUGUAAUUGUGAAAGCUCGUGGGAUUCUCAGCCAGGGUGGAGAUAAACAGGAGGAGCUGGAGAAACUGCAGAAGGAAGAGAAAGAACGGCUUUUGGCUGAAGGCAAUGCAGCUUUGGAAGCCCGCAGAGCUGAAGCUGAAGCUGAAUCUAAGCGUAAGCUGGAGCUUGAGAGGGAAAAGGCUCGUCAGGCCUUGCAGGAGAUGGAGAGAACUGUAGAAAUUAAUGACAUCGUCCAUCCCAAGGACCUAGAAAUGCUUGGUACAGUCACCACCGAACAUAUUGUGAGUUCUGUUGAUGAGACGAGUCCCGAGCAUUCCCAGGAUGGCCUGCCCAGUUUUCUUCCUGGUUCGGGCAGCAUGUUGGAAAAACUUGGACUGUUUAUGAAAGUGGACGAGGAAGAAGAGGAAGAAGAGCCAUGCAGCAAAGGUGCAGAGGACGGAGAAAUCAACUAAUGUGUGUUGGCAUGUUGGAGCCUUGUGGUCAAAGACAGAACAAUCGCCUGUUUCAGCCGAUGCACAUAGGGAAAUUGCUGGGUAGCUGUGCACAUGUCGGACAUUUUUUUCUCGAACGGUGCACAGAAUACCCUCAAAUUUGAGAGGUGUUGCUUGCAGGAUGCGCCCGCCCUUGAAAGGGAAUUGAAGGGAGGAUAGAGAUCGAGGCCACCGUGUACAGCUGCAAAUGAAAAUGGAGUUCAUCUCUCAAAUGAACUAUUUCUCCCAGAUCAAGGUAGUUGGUGCGGGCUGUUGUCGGGUGUAUUCAUGUGAUACGUAGAUCUCAUGUAGAGCCUUGGAAAUUACACGAGGACCAAAUGGUUCUCUCACGCUGCUCACCUCCAUGUGCGCUGUGAUCCAAGUGCGUUUUCCCUUAGUGGCUAAGCAUAGCUUCUCUUCUUAGUUUUGGAUGUUUGGUUGCUUCUUCCUGCUGUAAAUUCAAAUUUUGAUGUAGCCGAGGAAGUUGCUAGUUGUUUGCUGGGCGUCUGCGAA